AUGAGCAUCCGCCACGCUGCCUGUGAACCUUGUCGACGGGCCAAAUUGGCCUGCGGACACGAGCGGCCCACUUGUGCCCGAUGCCGCGGUCGUGAUCAGAUUGAUCUCUGUGUGUAUCGAGCUCGCCCAUUCCGUAGGAAAAGUCACAGUGAUCGUAUCCGAGAGCGAAGUGCAAGACAAUCCGUCCGUGUGGAAGCCCUGACCACUCCGCCCUUGGACACUUCGCCGAUUUCAGAGGUUUUGGGUGCUUCCUCAGCUGGUACUCGUCGGUACCCUAAUCCCGGUUACCUUGGCGAUGUUAGUCACGCAACCAUCUUUAAUCAGGUGUCUUCACGUGCCCCUUCGUGGUUGGCCGUCUCUCAGCAUGAUGAGUCUGCGCAGCCGCCAAUACCUAGUCCUCCUGCAGACACAUUCAUCGAUCAGGCAACGUUUGAUAGAGCCAAUCAUGCAUUGAGCCUCUUGGAUCAACUGCAAGUCUCUGGGCUAGCAUCUCUGAUACGAUUCUGGCUCAAGAAGGGAGUUAGCCUCGCACUAGCGGAACCUUUCGUCGAGACUUGUGCUGAAGCUGCUGUUGGCUGGAGAGAGUUAUCAACUCCUGUCGGAACCAAUCCUAACGAUAUUAACGUUGGAAUCGCUCAAAGAGCAAGGGUCUUGCUGGAAAACACCCACAGGCCCAUCAGAGUUCACAGACACUCCACCCCUUCAGAGUACCUUUCGCAGAUGUCUGGUAGGAAUAUCCGCUGGGAAAGUCUCGGUAUAUUCCUUGCUGCUGCGAGCCGAGCUGCUUUGGACACCUCUUCAUUUGGUCCACUUUAUAACAGCGACGAGGGACGUCGCGGGCUUAUCAAAGCUUUGACGUACAUUGGAGAUUGUUGCUUGGAGACGUGUCUCGCGUUGGACUGCCUGAACGAUUUACAACUCGUGUUACAGUAUGAAAAUCUAAUUGUCCACUCUCAAGUCGACGGUGAUCAAAGCUACCACUCUUGGAGGCGUAUGGGAGAUGUUGCAAGCUCGCUAUUUGCCCUAGGCUAUCACGAAAAAAUCGACGAAGACUCUUACGACAUUCCCUUGUUUGUCGCUGAGUUGCGCAGAUCCUGUUUCGCUCGCAUCUACGCAGCGGACAAGAGCUUAGCCAUCUUCCUAGGGCGCCCCCCUCGGAUUAUGAAGGAAUUUUGCUAUUUCCAGCUUCCUACCAAGUUUGUGAGCGUUUGGGAAGAGCCCGAUAACAUUGAAAAGAGCGGCAGCAGUCCGAUGUCGUCCCCCAUGAUAACGGGUCGAGAGCGAGACGUCGAGGAGCACAACAAUGAACAAGUCUUGAACUACACUUCCGAUACGUUUUGUUCGGCCUUGUUCGCAGUCAUCAAAGAAGAGGUACUGCAGCUCUUUCGCAAGCGCCAGGCUUCUGGCGAAACAGCCAUCAUAAAUGAGCUUCGUCUAAAGAUUGACCAACAAUGGCAAGACUUGCCUCCUCACUACCGCCUCACCACCAGCCUUAAAGACUGUCCUCUUGGGCCCUUUGCAAGAGAUUUUCUAGCUGGAGCUCGAUUAGAGUAUCUCCAUACCCACUUUCUCCUGGGAUUCCUAUCCCAACGCAAAGUAGCCGAACCCGAUGAAGCCCUUUUGAGAACCUCGAGCGAAAUGCUAUCUAUUGUAGUGGAAACAAUCAUUCUUCGAGAUCGAAUGGCAAACUCGGGAACCUGUCUUAUCUGGAAGGUCGCUCAAUACGGACUACCAGCAGCCGGAAUCAUCUCCCUUGCCCUUCUCAACUCUACAGCUCCCGACUACCGCCAAUUCUCCCGUUCCAAGAUGAUCCAAGCCCUCAGCGUUCUCGUUGCCGAGAUCACCAUUGGAGCGUGGAUCCAGCCUGGUGAACCAAAUUUUGCGCUCUUCUCGCAGGCGACGAGGACCAUUCAGAGCUUGCUCGACUCGCUCACCGCUCUUAAAGCGGCCUCAGGGGCCAGUGACUCGCAGCAACUGCUGAAUUCCGAAGUUGCCGAUAACUGGGAUCCUUACAUCAAUUCGCAGUCUUGGGAACUUGAAAUGGACUUUUGGGCCAGUUUGGCUGAACAUCCUACGCUAGUUAAUUGA